AUGGUCUCGGAGGACACCAACACCGCCUACUCCAUCUGGCGUGGCGUUCGGAACCUCUUUCGUGACAACAAGGACACCCGCGCCGUCUACCUUGGUGCCAAGUUCCACAACUUCUACCAAGGUGACCUCAACGUCCUCAACUACUGCUCCCGCAUGAAGGUCAUGGCGGACCGGCUCCCUGAUCUUGGGGCUCCGGUGAACGACAAAGACCUCAUCUACAACAUCGUCCACGGCCUUAACCCUCGUCCCCAUCAUGCGAUUCCACACAUCACACUUCACCGCCGCCUGUUGUCGUUCCUCAAGACCCGAUCCAGGCUGCAGCUCGAUGAACACCGCAUCACUGAGUCCGAGAAAAUGCAAGCUGCGGCAGCCAUGCUCACCCAGGCCACGAACACCGGAUCGUUCUUGUCUAAUGCUCCGUCCGUGACGCCAUCGGCUGCACAUCUUUAG